AUGAGUUACCCUUUGAGCCUCUACAUGGAGGGCGGGGAGGCGGGGAAGCUGGAAGCGUUGCGUGCAGGGAGGGGGGGAGCUUCGUCCCUCCUCUCGCAUUCCACUCAUCCCUUUCUCGCUCCUUCCAUUACUUCCAGUCCACUCCUUCCGUUCCUGAUUGUGCCAUUAUGUGAGGGGAGUAUCCGUCCUUCCCAUGGCUUUCUGCGCUCCCUCCAGCUGCAGUACAGCGAUUCUGGAAGCGAAAGUGCACCAGGAUGGGCAGCAGCAGCAGCAGAGGCAGCGGUGGUGGCAGCAGGCAGAGCCACGUGCGACCUGCCCGUUCUCUUCUUGUCCCUUCCUUCCACCACGCAGCUCGCCUCCACCAACCAUGUGUCGCAGCUCGCCUCCACCAACCAUGUAUCGCAGCUCGCCUCCACCAACCAUGUGUCGCAGCUCGCCUCCACCAACCAUGUGUCGCAGCUCGCCUCCACAAACCAUGUGUCGCAGCUCGCCUCCACCAACCAUGUGUCGCAGCUCGCCUCCACCAACCAUGUGUCGCAGCUCGCCUCCACCAACCAUGUGUCGCAGCUCGCCUCCAGCAACCAUGUAUCGCAGCUCGCCUCCAGCAACCAUGUGUCGCAGCUCGCCUCCAGCAACCAUGUGUCGCAGCUCGCCUCCACCAACCAUGUGUCGCAGCUCGCCUCCCCCAUGUGCCAUCUAGCCUCGGUGCAGCAUGCUCACACGCCCCCUCACACUGAUCCAGUCCCGCCUGCUUGUGCCUCUGCCCCAGUGCUCCAUCUCUCGACUCGCUCUUGUCUGCUCCUUUCUUCCAAUCUAUCUAUCCCCCACCUGUGCGCCGCCGGCCUCUCGUCGGCUCCACUCUUGUCCCUGCUGCAACCCACGUCAGCACCCACCCUACCAACACUUCGGCUGCUGCUGUUGCUGCUGCGUCAGCGAGACUUGGCUCCUGACCCAGGCCGUCACGCACCUGUCACGCCAUUGCAGACGCACACCGGCAUGGCAAGAGGGAAGGUGAUGGGGAGGAGGAAAGGAAAAGAGGGGGGGUUUGGGGAGAGGGGGAAGGAAAGGGGGUGA